AUGGCAGGCCGACAAAGAUCUUAUUCACUCAAGGAAGCCAUUGAAAUGGUUUGCCUUCCCGAUGGUGCUUUAUCAGAGACGGAAUCCAUUUCAGACGAUGAAAUUGGUGAUCCAGAUUUUGUUGAACCUGCUGAAGCAUACGAGUCUGACUUCAGCCUUGACGAUGAUGAGUUACUGGGAGCAAUAGCAAUACCUAAUCCAAACACACUUCAUGUUGAAAUUCAUAACGUACAUGCAGACAAUGACACUGGGGUCCAAGAUAAUGAUGAACCUCAACCCGGCCCAGCUCCAGUGAACAAAGUUUUUUCUUGGAGGCAGAGGAAACCCCCAGCAGCUGACGUAGACCCUUCAUUCCAAGGACCUGCAUUCUCACCUCCACCAGAUGAAAUACCAAGUCCAAAGUGGUAUUUUGAUCAGUUCAUGGACGAAUCCGUGUUUAAACUUAUUUCUGACCAAUCAAACCUGUAUGCAGUUAUGAAGAAUGGCCCAGAACUAAAAACAACCCCUUCUGAAAUGGAGCAAUUCAUUGGUUUACACAUAUUGAUGACAGUAGUACGUAUGCCAUCGUACCGCAUGUACUGGCAGACAACGACACGCUACGACCCAAUCGCAACUGUCAUGGGACGUAAGCGAUUUGAUAAUCUGCGAACGUACAUCCAUAUGAACGACAAUACCAAUGUGAAGCAAAAGGGUGAGCCUGGAUACGAUCCGUUGUUCAAGGUGCGACCAGUCCUUGAGAAAGUCCGUGCAAACUGUUUGAAAGUUGAACCGGAAGAAAACCACUCCAUUGAUGAGCAGAUGAUCCCCUUCAAAGGAAAAAUCGGAAUGAAACGAUAUAUCAAGAACAAGCCGAAAAAAUGGGGAAUCAAGGUCUUUACUCGUGCAGGUGUCACUGGAUUAGUCUAUGACUUUGAAGUAUACACUGGAAAAGGGACCCUACCCAAUGAGCGUGGACUCUGUAUCGCAGGUGAAGUUGUGCUUCGUCUCGUAUCGGAUGUUCCGAAAGGACUUAACUACAAGUGCUUCUUCGACAACCGGUUCUCGUCACCUGAACUCAUUGUGGACCUGAAGAAAAUGGGAAUUCUAUCAGUCGCUACCAUCAAUCGAAACCGUCUACAUGGAUGUCCCCUCAAAAGUGACAAGGAACUUUCAAAGGCUGGGCGUGGUGCAUAUGAAGUGAAAUAUGAGAUGACAAGUGGGAUGGCAAUCGUGAAGUGGUAUGAUAACAAAGCAGUGUUACUGGCAUCGUCCUUCGUUGGCCCUGAUCCUGUUGAUAGAUGCAGAAGGUGGUCAAAAGAGAAGAAGGAAUAUGUGGAAGUGGACAGACCCCACAUUGUCAAGGUGUACAAUAACAACAUGGGAGGAGUUGACUUGGCAGACACGUUUGCUGCACUUUAUCGCGUUGAAUUCCGCCCAGGUCGUUGGUAUCUGCGCAUCUUGUACUAUUUGAUUGACCUAUCGCUGGUCAACGGCUGGCUCCUUUACCGCCGUCAUCUCACCCAGAAGCAAGAGAAGAAGUAUAUGCCGCUUCUUGACUUCCGCGCUCAAGUUGCGGAUGCCCUCAUCAAGGUUGGCAAACGGGCUAACUUGAACAGUCGAAAAAGAGGACGACCGUCAUCGGAAGAGGCUCCAGAACGCAGUCGAGGUGCCACAUCUUCACCUCCAGGUCAGAGGAUCAGUCCUCCAUCAGUUGAGGUCAGACUAGACCGAUUCGAUCAUUUUCCCAUCCAUGCUGAUAAACGUGGACGAUGCAGAGUGUGCAAGAAUGGCUACACGCAAAUGGCCUGUCGGAAGUGCAGAGUACUUUUGUGCUUUACAAAGAACAAACAUUGUUUCUUGGACUACCACACGAAGAGGUGA